AUGGCUGUGACAGGCUGCUUCCUUGAUCGGGAGUGGGAGUAUCAAGAGAUCCUUCUUGGCUUCGAACCACUUUCUGGGACACACUCUGGUGUUAAUCUUGGCGACAUGAUUCUUAAAAUUCUUCACCCGCAUCAGCAAAUUACAAAUCGAGUGAUUGCUGUCACCACCAGUAAUGCAUCAAACAACAAUACAAUGAUCUCGAGCAUUCAGAUUCAAUCCAAUCUCUUGAGCUCAAUAAUAACGCGCACAUCAUUCGGGUUCCAUGACAUAUUCAUGCUACGGAUCAGCGAAGGAUGGAUGAUUGUUGAUGCCCUUAAUAAGGUUCGGAACCCUGCUGUCUAUAUAAAUGCUAGCCCUCGACGCCGGGAAGCAUUCUGUAACCUACAGCCUGAAGGGCUAAAGCUCGUGCCUAUACAGGAUGCCAGAACUCGCUAG